CUCCGAUCAACAUCGAAGGCUUCGCAAUGCCGCCACAGGCCACUGAGGGCGCACAGACGGAUGGGAAUGCCCCGUCCUUCUUCAGAGUUCCGCCUCCUAUUAAACAACUCUUCGAUCGGUUCCCAUUGACCACGUACCCUGCCAACGACUUGCCGCAACGGACUCCGUCCGGGCGCGCGGCCAACCAGCUAUUUGUCUUUAGCGAUGCAGCAAGUGCACGACGUGGGCGGCCAUCAUUCAACCCGCAAUGUCUUAAAUGGCAGGCGUACCUGAAAUUUGUCGGUAUUGACUUCGAGAUCACACCUUCGAACAAUCAUGCUUCGCCAACGGGCGCUCUCCCGUUCCUCCUUCCAGCAUUCCCCGUCGAUGCAGCGGUCACAAUUCCCUCGCACAAGCUCCAAAAAUGGGCCAUUGAGCAGGUCCACUGCGAGGAGGAACAGCAAUUGAACUUGCGCUUCGAAGUAUAUGCAUCCCUGUUGGACCACCGGAUACGCAGUGCCUGGCUGUACAUGAUGUAUCUAGAUGACGACAAUUUCAAGGCCGUGGCGCAACGACUCUACGUCAACCCCUCAACAACCUCCUCCCUCGUUCGGGCAGCCCUUGGAUUCCAGCUGCAACAAGCGGCGCGUGACGAGCUCCUCAAGCUCUCUCCGUAUAUCGACGUGGCUGCCCUAGAGGGAGAUGCACAGAAUGCAUUCGAGGCGCUAUCAACCCUACUCGCCGAGGACGAGCACUUCUUCGGCCGGCCGAACCCUGGCCUGUUCGAUGCCACCGUAUUCGCCUACACGCAUCUAAUUCUGGACGAGGGGAUGGGAUGGAAACAUAACCGAUUGGCACAGCUGCUCAAACAGCACACCAAUCUUGUACAACACCGGGAAAGACUUCUGGGAUUCUUCUAGACUUGUAUUAUUGAGCGACCAAAAGUGACUGAAAUCAUAUUCUCCCCCCUGAUCACCUCACUAUUCGAGGGGUGCUUCCAUCUUUAAUUACAUUCAUUCUUUCUUGCUGAAACAUAUCCCAAACCACACCCUGAUACCAAUCCACUUCUUGGCCCGCGCACCUAAUUUUUCGGCCAACUGCUCAUCCAGAUCCCGUUCCAGGACCCCGUUCUGGCCCUCCUCGCCAACUAUAUCCUCCACCUGGAACCCGGCCUGCUCGGCUGCUGCCAGCACCUCUGAGACGGAGUGGCAAUAGCUGGUCGGCCGGAUCUUGACCCCUGUCUGUGGAUCCGUGAAGCCAGCCUGACUGCGCAUUCCCAUAUUUGCGUGCAUAUUGGUGACUAGUAGAUACCCGCCGGGGCGCAUCGUGGCAGACACGGCUUCAAAGAACUCCUUUGUUGGAAUGUGCUCUAGUACAAGCGUGGAAAUCACACCCGCUGCACCGGAGUUUUGUAGAGAUGGAGGUAGAUUCGCCCGCACAGUGGCCGGCUGACGUAGAUCGAUAGUGUCUAGAGAGACCUCGGGGCUCUUCUUAAGAUCUUCUCGCCGGGUGGCUGAGUGGAUGGCAGAUCGUGCUACCUCCAACAUACCUGGGGACGCAUCAAGACCGACGAUAUCAACUUUGGCCAUGGAGGUAGUAUCCUUUUGAUACUGUGCCAGUGCUUCGAGUAGCUGGAUCGUAUUCCGCCCGGUACCACAUCCCACGUCCAACAGUGUCAAUUGCCCCGAGGCCUGGAAACGGGAAUACACACGGUGCAGGAAUUGAGGCAGAAGUGCGCGCAUCUCGAUCGUGUCGAGGCGCUGGAGAAAAUUUCCAUCUGUAUCGUAGACCU